AUGGAAAUCAAUAUCUUCAUAGUGCUGACCUGGUUCCUGGUCGGAGCUGUCUUCGCUUCACCAUUGGUGAAACAUAACAGAACUGGAGGACUGGGCGAAAAGCUCAAAGACAGCGACUUCCCUCGCCUUGAGCCUGUUGAUCAUUAUAGGGACGAUCCUAGAUACCCUCUUGAAUCUAGUCCCUUUUCAGCUCCAGCGACCAGAAACAGCUCCUUUGUGGCUAGGCGCAUCAUACAAAAGAGACCAGACACCGAAGAGAACGAGCCAAAGUUGAACCAGACUCGCCAGUCUGGAAACAAGACCGAACAUGAGUAUAAACCUCCAAAACCCGACAGCCACAUAUACGUCUCACUCGACAAGAUGGAAGUUUCUGAGCAUGAGAAGACUUUGGCCAAGGCGCUUCUUAAAAACUUCAACAAAACCCUGGGAGAGACCGAGAUAGAAAACCCCACCGACGAGGACAAGGAACACGAGGAAUAUGACAAUGAGAGUGAGGGCGACAGCGACAGCGACAGUGACGACGGGGAAGAUGCAAAGAAGAGGAUUAAGAGAGUAUACAGAAUGAUCCAGAAGCGAGACGAAGAGAAGGGGGAGGAGGAGAAGAAGCCAUAUCUAUGGCCAGAACACAACAGACCAAAGGUCUCCAAGGAUGGAAAGUUCAGAUAUUUGUACUCCAGCGAGGGAAAGCAAUAUGCUGUUGCAACUCCGCAACAUCUUGCCAACGAGGUCAGUGAAGACAUACAACUAUACAGCAACCAUGUUUAUAUACGCGUACGAUGCUCAUCCCUACAGACUAAUCGCCAUGAGAAGGCCCAGCAGGAGAGGGAGCAGAAGUUGGACAUUAUUCAACACGAGCUUCAGAAGGAAAUGGACGCGAAGCUACAGAAGUAG